CUUCACCGUUUUGAGGUUCUGAAGAAGGGCGGCUCUAGCUGCGACCAAUUGGACAGCAACGCAGAGCCGGGAUGCACAAUCUCAAAGCGUGCCACCACCAAGCAUUGGCAGGCCAAUGAGAACAAAAAGUACAAUGAAGCAACCUAAAUGAUGCAUAGAGAGCUGCCAUGUAACUGAUGGGAGGCUCAAAACUACCCCUUGAUCUAUUCACAAAGAUGAGUUCGCAUGGUAAAUCAAUGAAGGGCUACAGGUCUCUGCGCAGUCUAAUGUUUUCUCUUAUCCUCUUGUCAUCAACGAUCGAUGUAGCAUUCUGUAUGCCAGCUCAAUUGCUCCCGACAGGGCUGCUCCAAUCUUUCUUGACCCCAAUGCAAGAAGAUGGAAAGGCGCCAGGUUUUGGGGUAGAAACUUCCAAGACUGGACUUCGAUUCCACAAUCCGCUAGAGGAGAUCAAUGUGGAGAGCAUGGUGGUACAGAUCAAUGAGGAAGUGCAGCUCUCCGUCACGCCCCAGGUCGUGCCGGAGAAUGCUGGCUGGGUGACUGUGUCCUGGAGAAACGUGGACGAGCCAUCAAGUCUUGAUUGGAUUGCAGUGUACGUGCCGGCUGAUGCGGACCCUACGCUCACUGCCCCCAUCAAGUUCAAGAUGGCAGUCACUGACCCUGGACACCUUGCAAGUGGCAGUGGGAGCGUCAGGUUCCGAUUGAUAAACAUGAGGGCCGAUGUUCGGUUUGCCUUCUUCCGUGGAGGCUUGAAGGCGCCGCAUCUGGCGGCUUGGAGUCAGGCAGUGGUGUUCGCCGACCCAGAUCGACCCAUGGGGGUGCACUUGGCCCUGACCGGGACCCCCGGCGAGAUGCUCGUCAGUUGGACUACGAAAGAGCGCGGGGAGGAGCCAGAGGUGCAUUGGGGGCAGCGCCCGGGGCAGCUGACGAACAGAGCCCGUGCCGAGACUACCACACACAGCCUAGGCGACAUGUGUGGGGGUCCUGCGAAAUCGGUCGGUUGGAUCGACCCCGGGCACUUCCACUCGGCGCUCAUCAGUGGGCUGCUCCCGGAGGAGACCGUGUACUAUCGGGUUGGCGAAGCGGGGCGGAAUCUGAGCGACGAGUUCCGCUUUGUUGUAGCUCCACAGGUCGGCCCCACGUCGGACGUUUGCAUUCUGGCGUACGGCGACAUGGGCCAGGCGGAGGCGGACGGCGCCAAGGACCCCAACGACCAGGAGGAGCCGUCGCUGGACACCAUGGCGCGCAUGCUGGCGGACCCGUUUGUUUCGGGGGGGUCGAAAUGGCAGGGCAAGCAGAGGGGGGAGAGUGGACGACCCGCGCAAGCGCCGUACAUGACGCUGAUUGGGAACCACGAGGUAGACUGGCCCGCAUCCGGCUCCCUCUUCGAGGGCUACGACUCCGGAGGGGAAUGCGGCGUCGCAUACUCUCGUCGACUCCCCAUGCCAGCCCCCAGAUUAGACUCUUCAGGUUUCCCACCGGGUCAAAGUGCCUUGUUGCUGAAGAGCCUGUGGGGCGGAAAUGCGCCCGGCGGAAGUGGCCGGGUGGGCAGGAUCCGAGCUCCCUGGUACAGCUUCGACCACGGGAUGGUGCACCUGGUCAUGAUGAGCACGGAGCACGACUUCAGGCGAGGCUCAGAGCAGUACGCCUUUCUGGCGGCCGAUCUGGCCGGUGUGAACAGGCUCCGGACGCCGUGGGUGGUGUUCAACGGGCACCGUCCGAUGUACAUUGAUUCUAUCAACGACGACGAACCGGACGGGGACCUGCCGGUGGGGCGGGAGCUGAAGCGCUGGAUCGAGCCGCUGUUGCGAGAGUACAAGGUCGAGUUGGCGCUCUGGGGUCACCACCAUAGCUACCAGCGCACGUGCCCCGUGUAUCAGGACCGCUGCAUACGAGCAAAUGCGGAUGACAGCUUUGCGGCGACAGUUCAUUUGGUUAUCGGCAUGGGGGGCGCAGGCACGUGCCUCAACAUCAAGCCGGUGGCCCCUGGCUGGACCGAGUACGUCAACGUCGAGCAACACGGUUACCUGCGCAUGACGGUGAACGAGACACGACUCCUCUUCGAGUUCAUUGGGAACAACGAGGGCUCUGUUCUCGACUCGGGCGUUCUGACGAAAGCGCCGUGAUGCGGAGCAACAUUCAGGGCUGAAAAUGGGCGGAGUUGGCGCACUCAGACUAAGCACGCACCGCUAUUGUUGAGACUGCGUUUGCAGGCGGACGGCAACACGUCACUGUAAGUAAAACCUUCUUGAGUUGAACAGACUAACUUACUGGCACUCACUGCGAGUUGACGGGCUUUCCGUACAACUAAGCUCCGUGGGUUGAGGCGAGCUAAGCGGAUGAUAGCGACAUGCCGACUUCGAUCGGACUUUUCGAAUUCACACUUUCAGCAUCUGCAGCGCCUUUCUUAAAGAUUGCCGAAAAGUGACAAGUGGUAAAGCUGGAAGAGACUUACAUGCGUGCAUUGAGAUUAUGGGUACGUUCUUCUGUAUUUAAACUGCGCUUUCAUCAGAUUCCCUUUGAAAGCGGGUUGAAACGCCAUGCGACUUGCUUUGUCCCCUUCGAUCGACAGACGCCACCUUCUACAAAGACCGACAUGGCCAGCAGGCGGCAUGUCAGUGCAGCGAAUGGCCCGAGCAGUAUGUAUCGAGCCUCAAAAGACUUUGAUUGCAACGGCCUCCUGAAUUGUAGCCAGGCAACUUUGUGCAUUCAAUGUUGAGCAGUACGCUGAUCUAGAUGCACUAGCUCUUGCGAGAGCUCUGUUGCGCAGACAAGGCGCAAUCACAGGACCCCUAGGCUUGGGUCAUUGCAUAUAUGCACAU